UGUAAUAGUUAUAUAGGUACUAAUACCUUGGAUUUGGUGUUUUUGAAAUUUACCACCCAUUUUAUAAACUUUAUUCUGAUUACUUUAAAAUGCUUAAUACUGGAAAAUUGGAAGGGCGUACGUUAUUCAUUACUGGAGGGAGUCGUGGUAUUGGCAAGGCAAUUGCUUUGAAAGCAGCAAAGGAUGGCGCCAACAUAGUUAUUGCAGCUAAAACUACUGAACCACAUCCUAAACUCCCCGGAACUAUAUAUACUGCUGCAAGAGAAAUUGAAGAAGCAGGAGGAAAAUGUUUACCUUGUGUUGUGGACGUAAGGAAUGAAAGUCAAAUAAUUGAUGCUGUUAAAAAAGCUGUUGAUGUAUUUGGAGGUAUAGAUAUAGUCAUAAACAAUGCUAGUGCAAUAUCAUUAACUGGAACUUUAGACACUGAUAUGAAGAGAUAUGACUUAAUGCAUAACAUUAAUACAAGAGGAACAUUUCUUGUAUCAAAAAUAUGUCUGCCUUAUUUAAAGAAAAGCAAACACGCUCAUAUUUUAAAUAUUAGUCCUCCGUUGAAUAUGAAUCCUAAUUGGUUUAAAGACCACGUUGCAUACACAAUGGCCAAGUAUGGAAUGUCAAUGUGUAUAUUAGGAAUGGCUGAAGAAUUUAAGAAAGAUAACAUUGCCGUGAAUGCUUUAUGGCCUAGAACUGUAAUACAUACAGCAGCUGUUGAAAUGUUGUCGGGCAUAAAUGAAGCAAAAUCAUAUUCGCGGAAACCUGAUAUAAUGGCUGAUGCAGCUUAUUCAAUCAUAACCAAACCAUAUGAUCAUUAUAACGGACAAUUUUUAAUUGAUGACGAAGUGCUAAAACAAGAAGGAAUAAUAGAUUUUGAUCAGUAUUUAAGUGAUCCAGCAAACAACGGUAAUCUGAUGUUGGAUUUUUUUUUGGGAGAAUAUCCACAUGAUGGUUUCAACCAAGGUAAAGAAGUAGCCAAAAGACAAUCCCGGGUAAAUGAAAGAAAUAAUGUGAAUAAUUGAAAGCUCAACAUUUUAAUUUCUAUAAUUGUAUAAUUAUUUUUAUAAUAUACCUACCAAUUAUAAUAUCAUUCAAUGUUUUCCAAAAUUAUUGUUACAUUAUUUAGUAUACCUAGUAUAAUAAUAUAGUCAUAGCUCAAUAAGCUGUAUUUUUUUUAUUGAACUUAAGCCCGGCGACUAUGGC